CUGCUCUCUUGUGUUUAGAAUAAUGUCUAGAAUAAAACGUAAUCUAAUAAACUCUAACAAACGUGGUUUUUGUACAAAUAUGGAGAGGUUUUCAGUCCGACACUGACGCAUUAAGUUAUGUAUAACGAUUUAAAUGAGUCUUAGCGUCAAUCGUCUGUCAGUAGUUCGACUUAACUUUGUAAGUGAGGCCAUGAGGAGUUUUAAAAGCAACUAAUACGGACUAUAAAUCACUUGUGGAACAAAGUGGGAGCCGGCGUAAAGAGGCUGGACAUGGCCGGAACUCAAGGUAUCUUAAUGCAAAGAAGAAACAAAUAUUGGCUGGACCAUAAUGGCAUCCUACUUUGAUGAACACGACUGUGAGCCCACCAACCCUGAGGAGCAGUAUCGGCAGAAUGCUCUACUUGAACUGGCCAGGUCUUUGAUGCAGGGCUUGGACUUAUUUGACUCGGGGGCGUUUGACUUGUCCGACUGGGACCAACGUCUUCCUCCUCCAGCUGCCAAAACAGCUGUCCAGACCCUCACCGUGGUCAUCAUUUCUCCAGAGCAAGCAGACAAAGGUCUCAAGUGUCCCGUGUGUUUGCUGGAGUUCGAGGAACAAGAGACGGUUCGAGAAAUGCCCUGCAAACACCUUUUCCACUCAGGAUGUAUACUACCAUGGCUGGGCAAGACGAACUCCUGCCCGCUCUGCCGACUUGAAUUGCCAACGGACAAUCCAGAGUAUGAGGAAUUUAAAAAAGACAAGGAGAGAAGAAAACAGAGGGAGAACAGGCUCGAGGACCUGCACGGAGCCAUGUACACAUGACAUCGUGGUGCUGCAGUGGACAUUUGUCCCCACACUGAUGUUUUACUGAACAUACACUAACUAUGCUGCAUUCAUGCCAUUUCAAAAAGAUUGUAAAUGGCAACGCUAUAUAUUCCAAUAAUCCAUUCUGUGGCGUGAACGCAGCAUAAGCAGUGAGGUUGUUGGUAAAUGUUGGGACAAAUUGACGAGUGCGUUGUUGACGGCAGCACAGAGCAGAACGCUGAAGCUUUUCACUUUAGUCUCUUUGUUUUUUAAAUGAGCUGUAAACACAGCUGGAUUUGUCUAAUGAAUAUUAAUAAUUAAAAUACUAUAGGAUAUAUUUAUCAGAGACAUUUACAUCUGAGAGAGUUUUUUUUUCAUUUUAAGCAGCACCCAAACAGAUGAAUUUGAUUGAGGCUGAUCAGAGUGUUACCUCCGGCCAACAUAAAGACACAAAUAGUCACAUCACCUAGAGAUUGAUGCUUUUACAUCACUAGACUUCAGAGUCUGAGACAAGGUGCAUGUUUGGUGUGAUUUCUAACCAGCAGAACAGUGCGUCUGUGUGUGAGCCCUUUUUCAAGAAGUUUGUAUUUACGUUUGCAAAUAAAUACCUUUUUUUUUUUAAACA